AUGGAGCCGCUCGCCGGCGGGGUGUCUCCCGUCAAGAACAACUUCCCUGCCGUGUACCAGCGCCUGCUGGGCAACGGCGGCGUCGACGCGGCGCCCGGCCCGUGGCGCCCGUGGCCGGCGUCCAGGAGGUGGAUCAACGUCGAGCUGCCGGACUGGUUGACCACGCAUGCGGCGUUCGGUGCGCACGACGCCGCUGGCACGGCGGCGUCGUCGGCUACCUCGAGCAGUAUCACAGUAAGUCCUCCCGCCAAGGCCGUUCCGACAGACGUGGGCGCGGGCGUGGGGCUGGGCUCCGCGACGGACGCCGCCCUGGAGGUCCCCACGGCGUCCCCACUGGCGUCCUUGGCGGGCGGCGGGUUCACCCUCCCUUCCAACGCCACGCCGGAGAGCAUCACGCCGGGCAGCGUGGACCGCGCGGCGCUGCGGCAGCGCACCAAGAAGCUCAAGAUGCGCCAGAAGAUCGCCAAGUUCCUCAACCUGUUCACGGUGGUGCAGUUCUCGAACGACGCGUGCGAGGCCCCCGCCGUGGGUCUGACGGGGACCUGCUACCACCACUUGCAGUGCCGCUCGCUGGGCGGGCACCCCGGCGGCGCCUGCGCCCAGGGCUACGGCGUCUGCUGCCUGUUCGAGAAGACGUGCGGCGGGACGACGCGGCACAACUCGACGUACUUCGUCAGCUCCCCGACGGCCCUGGAGGGCGUGGACGCGGUGGACGGCUACGUCAACUGCUUCAUCACGGUGGAGAAGCUGAACCCCGACGUGACGCAGCUGCGCCUCGACUUCCUGCACUUCGAGCUCGCCGCGCCCACCGAGGGCACGUGCUUGGAGGAGCGCUUCGUGGUCGUCAGCCCGGACCGGAACGCGCCCACGCCCGCCCUCUGCGGCACCAACACCGGCCAGCACAUGUACGUGCAGGUGGGCAGCGCGGGCGGCACGUACCACGACGGCCACGCCGGGCUCGUGCAGUCCUUCGGUUACCUCGGCCCCGGCCUCGGUUCCUACACUAACAACCUCAACUACGCCGUGUGCAUUCGCAAGGAGGCGGGCUUCUGCAGCGUCACCUACACCACCGAGAGCACCAACGGCACGAGCAUGCCCUUCCAACUGCUCAACGUGGACCAAGACGGGGCGCCCACCAUCCCGCCGGGGCAGGCCGGGGCGGAGGUCUUCAACUGCCCCAACGACUACAUCGCCAUCAACGGGAUCCGGCUGUGCGGGGAGCGACUCAACGACGCCUCCUUGGACCAGGACUACACGCACAACAGCCCCGUCACCGACAGCGGCAGCGGCCCCUUCGUGCUGCCGGUCCGCUCCAACGGCAACCUGACGGGCAGGGGCUUCAGCCUGUCGUACCGCCAGAUCGCCUGCAACGACGCCAGGGAGGUCGGCGACGACGCCGCGGCCAUGCCCUUCUAGAGCACCGCUCACCUAUUUAUUCUUAAUUGUUAUUAUUUAUUCAUGUGUCCUUGAGCUGCAAAUA